GUUAUCCUCCCCCUCAACCCCAACACCCAUUCUCACCCAGCCCUCACCCCCUCCCGCCUUAACCUCACCCCUAACAGAUGGUCCUACACAACCCUCACCCCUACACCCUCCCCCCUCCACCUCACCCCUCUCGGAAGAAACACUGCUCCCAAAGAGGAGGAAGAGGAGGAAAAGGAGGAAGAGGUUCAAUACAAACUGACUCUGGUUGGCUGUCUCCCAGUCCAUCCCCUCACCACCAUGGCCAUGCUGCCCUGGGUCGUGGCUGAGAUCGGGAGGCCUCGGCCUGGGGAGAGAGAAAAGCCCGUAGGGGUCAGGCCGCCUGGAAGUCCUGCAAGUAGAGACACACGCACCGGAAACGGAGGUGGACUUCCUGAAGCGCUGAGCGUUUCCUCACGACGAGACCAGACGGUGUGUCUGUGUGUGUCCGCCUCGUGGGUGAGGUGUGUGUGGACGGAGGAGGAGGAGGUGGAGGAGAGGGACAGGCGGCCGUGGGACCCCCUCACACACACUCGCGCGGUGUUGUUUGAAUGCCGUCCGCACCUCGUCAUCAAGCUACUCCACAACAGCAGGGAACCGUGUAGCUUUGGUUGUCUGGUUCGAGGUACACAUCUCUGUUACUGCUACGUCUUCCAAUGUCAGGACUGCGCCAAGGUCCCUGAGAUCAUCAGUAAGCUGCGUCAGGCUGGGAAGAGCUCAGCGCGCAACGAUGACCUCGCGGCUCCUAAACCCGCCGCCUCUUCCACAGAAGACUGUGCGUCCUCGUCGUCCUCGGCCAGCGCGUUCACAAAGAGGUUCGAGGUCCUGUUCUGCGGAAGAGUGACCGUCGCUCACAAGAAAGCCCCGCCCGCCUUGAUUGACGAGUGCAUCGAGAAAUUCAGCCAAUCCAUAGGCUCCGGGGGAGGUCCUAAACCAGAAAGUGGCGGCGGAUUGGUAGACGGGCUGCUGAGAGCUCUGACUUUACCUACGCUAAAAAUGAACGGAGGAAUUGGGGAUGGAGGUUUCGGGGGAGGAGGCUACAGUGGUGGGAGGCCGGUGGUGUUCAAAUCGGACCCCAGUUUCCCCUGCCUCCGGGCCCUGGAUGAGAACGGCCUGUCACCUGAUCUACACACACACACCGCUGGAGUACAGCCCACCAGCCUGCAGGGGAACAGGACCAUGCUGUUCAUGGUGGGUCGGUCUCAGAUCUUCCUGGUCAGUCCAGACACUAAGAAGGUUUCCAUAGAGAAGUGCUUCAGGGAAAUAUCUUUCUGCUCACAGGGUAUACAUCAUGUGGAUCACUUUGGGUUCAUCUGUAGAGAAACAGUAGAAGGAGGGAGCUGUACGUUCGUCUGCUAUGUCUUCCAGUGUACUGAUGAAUCCCUGGUGGAUGAGAUCAUGUUGACUUUAAAGCAGGCGUUCUCUGUGGCCGCCCUGCAGCAGAGUGAGAGGACCAGGAGCCAGCAGUGUGCCAGUUGCCCCAUGCAGCAGCUGAACAGGCUGUGUGAGAGGAUAGAAGGUCUCCACCCGUCUAAAGCCAAGCUGGAGUUUCAGAAACAUCUGGCCACGCUGGACAACCAGGAACAAGCUGAUGUGUUUGAGAACACUGUGAGGGCCAGUCCUAAGAGUGACCAGGAGGAGAAUGAAUUGGUGAUGGGGUCUUUGAGGAGUCUGUAUGAAGAGAAACAGAGGAGUCAUCAACACACAGAUCACGGACCGGUACCAGAGGCUCCAGGCCCAGUAGAGGUCCAGUCCAGUAGCAGACAGAGAUUAGAGCAGUUUAAAACCAGAGCUAAACGCUCCCUCACAGAGUCUCUGGAGGAUCUGGAAGGUAGGGGGGUCUGGAGGGGGGGUAGCAAAGCCAGGACUCAGAGAGAGAACGGAGACGGAAACAUCAGUUCAUCAAACUCCACACUGAACUCUACUGGACAGGACCCCUCCCUAGAAGACCCCCUCCCCUCCUCCAAUCCUUUGCGGUCUCACAACUCUACAGGGGACCUGAAACGUCUGGACAGCUCUCCUCUCUCCGUCUCUCCUUCCUUCUCGUCCCUCUCUCUGUCUUCCGGGGACACGCUGUCCCAGCGACACGGGUUCAGGCGGCGUGCAAGCACCUUCAGCCACUCCCCUUCCUACCACGAUCACUCUCCCUCCUACCCUGACGACACCCCCUCAUAUACACACACACCCCAGGUCCCCAGCGGCUCCACCAAGCCCAAACUGGUCCGGCAUUACUCCGUCAGCACCGACACGCCGCACCAGAGCAAUGACGUAGCAGCCCUGUCCAGUCCGGUAGCUGUGUGUGUGGUAGGAGACAGUCCUCUACGGAGACACUCCUGGAGACAACAGAUCUUCCUACGUGUCGCUACACCCCAGAAAAACACGGACAGCAAUGACAGGGGUGCCUGUCCCAUAGACGGUAGGGGCGUGUCUGCGUGCAGCGUUGCAGACGUAGACGGACCGCUGGGCGUCGUUCCGGAGGAGAGGAAGAAGCGCGGCCGAGCAGAACUGAGAGAACUGUGGAGGAAGGCCGUCCUGCAGCAGAUACUACUACUGAGGAUGGAGAGAGAAAACAACAAUAUACAGGCGUCGGAGAGUAAGCGCUUACGUCUGGACUAUGAAGAGAUAACUCCAUGUCUGAAGGAGGUCACGCUGGUCUGGGAGAGCAUGCUGGGAACACAGGCCAGGUCGAAGGUCAAGGUCAACACCGACACCGUCCACGCUGCUGUCGGACAGGGAGUUCCCAGGCAGUACAGAGGAGAGGUGUGGAAGUUCCUAUCAGAGCAGUUUCUGUUGAGCCAAUCGGUUCCUGUCAGACCUCCAGCCAAUAACAGGCCUUAUAAAGAACUGCUGAAACAGCUGACCUCGCAACAGCACGCUAUCCUGAUAGACCUGGGUCGUACCUUUCCUACCCAUCCUUAUUUCCAGGCCCAGUUGGGUUCUGGUCAGCUGUCUCUCUAUAACAUCCUGAAGGCCUACUCUCUACUGGACCCGGAGGUGGGAUACUGUCAGGGUCUCAGCUUCAUAGCAGGAGUGUUGUUGUUACACAUGGGAGAGGAGGAGGCCUUCAACAUGCUCAAGUUCCUCAUGUACCAUAUGGGGCUUCGCAAGCAGUACAGACCAGACAUGAUUAUACUGCAGAUUCAGAUGUACCAGCUGUCCCGUCUCCUCCAUGACUACCACAGAGAUCUGUACGUCCAUCUGGAACAACAUGAGAUUGGACCUUCUCUCUACGCCGCUCCCUGGUUCCUCACUGCCUUCGCCUCUCACUUCCCUCUAGGCUUCGUAGCCAGGGUGUUUGACAUGUUGUUUCUCCAGGGGUCGGAGGUGAUCUUCAAGGUGUCCCUAAGUCUUCUGGGUAGUCACAAGCCCUUGAUCCUACAGCACGACAGUCUGGAGUCUAUAGUGGACUUCAUCAAGACGACAUUACCGAACCUGGGACUGGUCCAGAUGGAGAAGACCAUCAACCAGGUGUGUGAGAUGGACCUGUCCAAACAGCUGCAGGCGUACGAGGUGGAGUACCGCGUCUUACAGGACGAGCUGUGUGACACGCCCGCUCACCUCAACCAAUCGCAGCGCACCGCCCAGCUGGAACGCACCAAUCAGAGCCUCCGACAGCAAAACCUCGACCUGCUGGAAGAACUGCAGGUGUCCCAGGCUCGUGUGUGUCGCCUGGACGUGCAGGUGGAGGGGCUGGCCCAAUCAGAGGCUCUGCUGAGAGAACAGGUGUUCCGAUUGGAGGAGGAGAGGAAUGGACUGCGUGACGCUGUCACACACCUACACACACUCCUCACCGCGCCGGGAAUACACACACACACAACGCUAGGAGACUUCAACCUGGACACGCACACACACUCCGCUGCCGACGGACAGGCAGACGGACAGGGAGACGGGCAGGGAGACGGGCAGGGAGACGGGCAGGGAGACGGGCAGGGAGACGGGCAGGGAGACGGACAGGCAGACGGACAGGCAGACGGACAGGCAGACGGGCAGGGAGACGGACAGCGAGACGGACAGGCAGACGGACAGGCAGACGGACAGAGAGUGGAUGUCCCCGCCGGAGAGGGGCCAAGGCUGGGUAACGUACCCCAGAGAGAGGGGCCCAGACUGGGGCAAGGUACAGCGACGUCCUCCCCUCUACUCCCUCAUCCACUGGCUCUAUCAGAACACUGAUGAGUCUCCCAGAGGGCUCUUCUCCUGGUCUAAACUGUAGAAAUGAGGGAUUUCUCUGAUUCUUCUCUGGGCCUUUUUCUCCACACAGCCGUCCUAUACAGUUGUUAUUGCAGCUGGAUGUGUGUGUCUCUGUGUGUGUGUGUGUGUGUGUGUGUGUGUGGAAAUGUGUUUAUUGCACUGUCCUGGCCAUAGGAAACAUUUUUUAUACACUAUAUAUAUGCAACAACAUCAACAACAACAAAAAAGUGGUCUAAGGCACUGCAUCUCCGUUGCGAAGAGGUGUCACUACAGUCCCUGGUUCGAAUCCAGGCUGUAUCACAUCCGGCUGUGAUUGGGAGUCCCAGUGGGGGGGUGGGGGGGGGGCAUGAUUUGGCCGAGCGUCGUCCUGGUUUGGCCGUUAUUGUAAAUAAGAAUGUGUUCUUAACUGACUUGCCUUGUUAAAUAAAGAGUCACAACAACCAAAGAUACUGUCAUGACAACUACAGUACAGCCAAAGCCCUGGACUCCAGCCCCCAUGAUGCCGAGAGAGAGAGAGAGAGAGAGAGAGAGAGAGAGAGAGAGAGAGAGAGAGAGAGAGAGAGAGAGAGAGAGAGAGAGAGAGAGAGAGAGAGAGAGAGAGAGAGAGAGAGAGAGAGAGAGAGAGAGAGAGAGAGAGAGAGAGAGAGAGAGAGAGAGAGAGAGAGAGAGAGAGAGAGAGAGAGAGAGAGAGAGAGAGAGAGAGAGAGAGAGAGAGAGAGAGAGAGAGAGAGAGAGAGAGAGACCCCUACUCUCUGCUAUGCAACAUGGAUGGUCAUAUGACAGACUAUGAGAGAGAACCAACACUUACGAUUCCUCUGUGUGUGUUGUGAUAACUCACAGCCUUUUGUUCCUGAUUGAAAUGUAAAUCUGUUGCUAUGACUCAACUUCCUGAUUGACACUGUAAAUCUGUUGCUAUGACUCAACUUCCUGAUUGACACUGUAAAUCUGUUGCUAUGACUCAACUUCCUGAUUGACACUGUAAAUCUGUUGCUAUGACUCAACUUCCUGAUUGACACUGUAAAUCUGUUGCUAUGACUCCUUCCACGUGAUGUUUAUUAUUCUCAUUACUCUGUUGUUAUUUCUAUAUACUUUGAACAACAAUACAUUUCAUAUCCUUUGACUAAA